ACUAGUUCAAUAUCAUUGCCAUCCAAUAUCAGCUCACCCUUCACCUUCUCAGAUCGGAGGAUAGAAACACCAUCAAGCAUAGCACUCACCUCUGCGCCUCUAAGUGCUACUAAAGGCGUCGUCACUCGUCACAGAGCAUGUCGUCGCGGUCGGCGGCUUUGGUUGACGUUGUUGUAACGGAGUUUGAUAUUGGGCCUCAUAACUCCACUGACCCAAACCCAGACCAAUUGACUUAAAGUUACAUAAUCUGUAUUAAAGAUGUAUCCAAAACUCAUCGUUUGAUUUCCCAACUCAUCGUUUCCUCAUCUGCAUAGCCGAUCAGCCAUCUCAGGCAUCUCUAUUGUACUGAUCCCAUUGUCCAGCUUGGCUACGAAGAUGAAAGGUAUAUCUGUAUUUGUUCUGGUGGAGAGCCAUGGGCAACCAUACGAUGGUGCACUAUAUGAAGUAAAACUUGAGGGUAAAGAGUCUGAAGAAGCUGCGGGCAAAGCUGGAGUUGAAUCCCCUUUGCCAGUACUUGAUCCGGUAUUCGAGUUUUUUGAUAAGAGUUUAGCACUUCCCAAACAUUGUUUAUUUGGGGGUGCGAGGCUCGAUAGCUCGAAGUUAUAUCUAACCGCAAAUGGAAAUCCUUGGCCUCACAAUAAGCGCCUCACCACCCCCAAGUGCUUUGUUUUUGACACAGUCAACUCAAACUCAAUCUCAGCCUUAAACUUCCAGCACUGCAUCUCUCCACCUAAAGCAGCUAAGUCAGUUAGUGCCCUUAUGUCUGCAUAUGGGAUGCUAUAUUAUCUUGCAUGUCCAUCAUGCGCCCCAGAGAUACCAAAGCCGUCGUUCGAGUGUUAUGAUCCGGCCACCAAUUCUUGGCGACGCUUGCCUCCUUGUCCAUAUAGGACAAUGCAUGGCCCAUGCAUGGAGGUACUUGGUUUUGCUGUUUGUUAUGGCUACAUAUUGAUUUCAUUUUACAACCACAAUGAAUCCGCUGCGAUGGCUUUUCAUAUUGAUACACAAAAGUGGCAUCCAGUCCAAGUCUGCCAGUCCAAAGAUGCAUAUCCUUUCCGGGGGAGGGCUGUGGUAGUAGAUGGUAUGAUCUAUGCCCUUUCUUGGCGUCAAGGCCAAGUUAUAGCCUUCUCUUUUUCCCGAGAUUCAGAUGGUAAUUGUUUUCUUGGUGCUGCCAUCUCUUUGCAAUUAAGGAAUACCUCACAUCCACCAUCCCCGUUACGUGGGAUGAGAACUCAAAGUUUGGUUCAUUUGGGGACGCAAGACUUUUGCCUAAUACAGACGGGCCGGAAUGAAUAUUCUAUUGAGCAUCAAUAUAUGCGUGUCACCACAUUUCAAAUCCUUCACAAAGGAGGAGCAAGGGUGGUGAGGACCUUACAUUCAUCUGUUUAUCAAGUCGACAUCAAGGGUGGUUAUUUUUUUGUUGACUUCGCCUUUACACCAGACUGUAAGGAUAUUGAACCAGAAGAGAAGGAUUGUCCGAUUGUACCGGUCAAAACUGAAAGUUUAUCGACUUUGGAAGACAAUAAAAGUAAAGAAGAUUGCAGGUGAAAUGUUGCAACCGGCAGACUGAGAGUUUAGUCACUAGGAACUUUAUUCUCUAAAGCAGAUAAUGUCUUGAUUUUAUAGCAUUGAUGAGAGUUUUUCACUCUUAAAUUUCAGUAACAAUUGAGCAGAUGUGAAGAGUAAAACAGAUGCUAAGAAAUUUUCAACUUUUACUUAACGGAAUUGAUAAUGUUACAA